AUGCCACCGAAGAACUCCUUUACAAGCUCUUUCUCGGCAUCUGAUGUCAAUAACGAGGUUGAGAAGCGGUAUCGGUCGAUGCAAGAGCACAUACGAAGGGCACACCCGGAACACUAUAUUGCGAAGCUACCUGCGACCGAAGAGAGCUUCCAGCUCAUGAUCAACACCCCGCCGUCGGAGCGCCCACAACCGCCUCCACCUCCACCUCCACCUCCACCUCCACCUCCCCAGCCAUUCGGCAAUUCAGUCUAUGGUCACGAUAGAGAUGCAUACAUCAUGCGAAGCUCUCCCGCACCUCCUCGAACGUUGGAAGACCAAUACCCAGCUGCAGCUACAGCCGCCGUUGCCCUAGCGCAGCUUCACAGCCAUCAACCGCACUCAGAGUGGGGUUCGGAGGCUGACUACGCCUCCGAGAAUGAAGCGAGUCAACCACCAAUGCGUCCUUCGAUUGAACUUCCUCCCAUUCAAACCCAUCUCAACCAGCAAUUGAUACAUCCAUUCCACUCGCCAAGACCCAGAGAGUUGCUUCCUUCAAUGAUGGCACAUUCACCGCCUGGACGCUCCUCCACCCUACCUCCUUUGCAAAGGAAAGACUCCAUACAAAGAAAAGAAAAAGCCAAUAGGCCUCGAAAGUCUUCGAUAACCCAGAACAGCCGGAAGCCCAAGCACGAAAAGACGAAAUCAAAGGAUUAUUCGAGGAGAUUAAGCAUAGAGGGAAGGAAAGCAUUUUCUGCAGAACCGCCAGGUGCGGCAGCAGCGGCCGCAAUGGGCAAGAGGUGGGAAGAUUUGAUUGAUGCAGCAACUUCCGCUACAGAAGCAGACUCUGAUCGAGACCUGACGCCUAUACCGCAGUCGCCCUCCUCAGUUAAACGCGCCUCCAUGCCGCCCUUCUCCAGCGUGUCUCACAACAACCAAUCUUACAAAGCAUCGCCGCUCCAUAGGGCCCUCACGCCACCAUCCUCACACUCCUUCACCGGUCCCAGGCUGUUUCCCUCAGUCGAGACAUCGCUCGACUCCUCCACCUCAACUCAAUCAUCCGGCCGCAAUUUUCACAUACCUUCUGCAGGUUUGUCAAACUCCUCGGAUACCACUUCACCAACGUUUUAUAGCCAGCCGGUGCAGAUAUACUCAUAUGGGCAGACCAAGGCCUUGUCCGAAGUGCCAGGUGCUGGGGCCACGGUAUAA